UAAAUUUCAUCCCAUGAGUUCCAUCACCUUUAAAGUUUGUGUUUAUUCAAUUGAUGAAUUGAGAAGGAUAUUCUAAAACAUGUCUUAUCAUGUUACAAAUAGAUCACAAUCAUCAUCUUCUCAACCGCCUAUCGUCCAAAAACUAACGGAUGAUCCUGUAAACCCCAAGAACGCUCAAAGUAGUGUUACGUGUGUUUAUCAGUCACAUAUCGGAGGCUAUUGGCGUAAUGUGACUGUUAUAUGGAGCAAAAAUCUAAUGAAUCAUUCUGUGACCUUAACGGUUGAUAGCGUGGAAAGUGAUUAUCAUCAAACAUGUAAGAUUGAUCUUAAACCUUGGCAUUUUUGGGCUAAAAAAGGAUACAAGACAUUUGAGGUUGAUGGUAAUCAAUUAGAGGCUUAUUGGGAUCUAAGAUCAGCAAAAUUUUCAGGAAGUCCUGAACCAUGUUCGGAUUUUUACGUUGCUUUAGUUUCUGAGGAAGAGGUUGUGUUGUUGUUAGGUGAUUACAAGAAAAAAGCUUAUAAGAAAACUAAAUCAAGGCCAGCCUUGGUGGAUGCCCUGUUGUUUUACAAAAAAGAACAUGUUUUUGGUAAGAAGAGUUUCUCAACGAGAGCUAAAUUUGAUCAAAGGAAGCAAGAAAGUGAUAUCGUGGUUGAGAGCUCAACGACAGGACCUAGAGAUCCCGAAAUGUGGAUAAGCAUAGAUGGGAUUGUUUUGAUUCACAUAAAAAACUUGCAAUGGAAAUUCAGGGGAAAUGAAACCGUCUUAGUGAACAAACAACCCGUGCAGGUCUUUUGGGACGUGCACGCUUGGUUGUUCUGUUCACCAGGGUCAGGUCAUGGCCUGUUUAUUUUCAAGCCGGGGGCUUCUGAGGAUGAUAGUGACAAGGAAGGGAGUAGCGUGGGUGGUGGUAGCGAUUGCAGUGACCAAAGCAAGUAUUAUUCAACGUUAAGCUACUCUAAAGCAUCACCAUUUUGUCUCUUCUUGUAUGCAUGGAAAAUUGAGUGAGGGCUAAGCAAACCAUUGAAUAUUGAAAAUUUAGAUGCAUGAGCUUCCUGUUUUCAAAGAAAUUGUAACUGGAUAAGCAAAUGUCUUGUAGAGAUUAGCAGAGUAAGUUAAAUUUCUUUGUGUUUUCACUCCAAAUGAAUUCGUGUAAAUUUUGUGAAAAUAUUAUUCGAUAUAACACUAUGUUUUUUUCACCUCGGAGGAUGCAGUGUAAGUGCA